CCCUGCCAUACGCGCACGCCCACCUCAGGGGUCAAGGCGGCGCGGCGACGACGGGCCGCCGCGCGACGAUCCUGGGUAGCGCAGAGCCCAUCGGGAUUUACCCGCGUUGGGGGGCUGGGUGUUGGAACAAGUGCGGCGUGCUGAAUCGGCCGAUACGCGUGUUCGUGAUGUGGUACGGCGUGUUCUCCGACGCUCAGAAGCAGACGGUUCGUUCCUUCGUCGCUUCGCUCAGCCCCAAUGCUGACGCCGCCGUCACUGUACCGCUGUGGUGGAACGUGAACCGACAGUACCACGACCAAGCUGGACGGCGGGUGGCGGAAACCGUCACGUGGGGCGGUGAGACGGACGACGCGGGAUACUCCCGAGGCGCCACGCUCUACGACGCUGACGUCACGGCGCUCGUCGCUGACGCCAUCACGAGCCGGAGGCUGGCUUAUGACGCGGAUGGGGUGUACUUCGUGCUGUCGGACGCGAGUGUGGCGCAGGCGGGCUCCGACAAUCCCCAGGAGGACCGCUUCUGUGUGGCGUUCUGCGGGUGGCACUUCUUUGGCUCAGCGCCUGGCUUUGGCACGUUCAUUACUGCGUGGACCGGCAAGGCGGACCUUCAGUGCCCCACGUCGUGCAUAGCAGCGGACAUCCGCAGCAACGCGUCUCUAUCCCCCACGGGCGACCCCGGCAUGGAUGGCCUGGUGUCUGUCUUCGCCCACGAGCUCGCAGAGGCGGCUGCCAGCCCGUUCGUCUCCACGUGGUUUGACAGCGACGGGGAGGAGAACGCCGACAAGUGCUCGUGGACGCCCCCCCAUCAGAUACAACCUGGUGGGGUCAACGCCUCCAAGUUCACCCCCCCCGCCCUACCACCACAACCCCCCUCAUUCCCCUCUCUUUUCCCUUCUUCCUGUCCCUCUCUGCCUCGCCUCUGCAGGUUCGCCCCCAUUCUUACGGACCCAUCAGAAGCCAGGUACAACCUGGUGGGGGUCAACGCCUCCAAGUUCCUCAUCCAACACAAAUGGGACCUCCUCUCUGCCUCCUGCAAGCUCACCCUACCAUACCCACCGCCCCUCACCCCUCCACCACCCUCGCAACGCCUCCUGCGGCCCUUGCCCGCCUCCCCUCCACCCGGCACCAUAAACCAAGCGGCAAAGAGCAUUGUGUCGAGGGUGAAAGCGGUGCUGGCAGGGCGAGGCAGACCGGGGAGGAAGAGACCCCCUCGGUCACCCGUGGUGAGAUUGCAACCCAGCAGGGGUAAAGGCGGAUAG